AUGACUAUUAAAUUAAUGUUUAAAGAAAAUCUGACUAACUUGAUUCAUUGCAGCCUUAAUAUCAAUCGUAAAACAGUUCUAGUACUUUUUGUUACAGCAAUGGCAGAGAAUCAAAUAUGCGAUCUUGCUGAGAUAAUUGACAAUAUUAAUUGGAAAAGCAAAACGAUUGUAUUUGUAGUAUUGGAACUGAUCAAUGCCAUAUUUGCAGUUGUUGGAAACAUUUUAGUCUUCAUUGUGUUCUUUCGAGAAGGGAAAUUAAGGCGUAAAAUCAAUUUUUACAUCAUAUCUCUGGCAAUUGCUGAUUUUGGAGUUGGAUUGAUUGGAAUUCCAUUUGGCAUAUUUGUGAUCAUCACAAAGAUCCCAAAUGAAGUUUGUCCUGAUAUCUUGUGCUUGGCACCAAUUUCAUUCCUUUUAACAUUCUCAAAUGUGUCAAUCUUCAGCUUGGUCUUGAUAUCGAUUAAACGAUUUACUUCUUUGAUAGUAAAUCCAACGAGACAAAAACUUGAAUCAACUAAAAACAUCGCGAGAGAAAUCUCCAUUUGCUGGAUGUUCGGGAUUCUCAUUGGUUUUCUUCCAAUUUUCUGGAAUAACAAAAGCAGCACCGAAAAUUGCAUUCUGACUGAAGUCUUGUCUGAAAAUUACAUUAUCUUUAGAUUCACAAUUGUUGUGCUGAUUCCUUCAUUGGUUAUUGGAGUUGUUUAUAUCAAAAUUUAUAAAAUUAUCAAGAUCCAGUCAAGAAAACAGGCAGAACGACAACAAAACAGAGUCGCAUGCGAAAAAUUUGAUCAAAAGUUGUUAAAAAAAGAGAUUCGAGCAACAAUCAGCAUUUCAUUGAUUAUUCUGAUGUUUUGGAUCACAUGGAUACCCCUUCAGAUCUCGUACCUUGUGUCAGUUUUCUGUGAGGAUUGUAUCAAGCCUUCCACAGUUGCAUUUUUCAUUGGAGUUAUUCAUUUUAAUUCUGCAAUCAAUCCACUACUUUAUGCUUAUCGAAUGAAGGAUAUUAGAAUUGCAAUUGUCAGACUUUUUAAUCGAAAUUAUUUAACAUCACUUUCAAGUACUGGUUAAGUUGUUAAUUUUGAUGUAAAUUUGUAG